GGGCUCGUCUGCUUCAGGGUUAAGGUGGUGCGUGACGAAAACGCAUUCAACAAGCGUCUGCUGCAGCGCCUUAACAAAGACGGCGACAUCCAUCUGGUCGCUUCAGAGGCACGAGGCGUAUAUUUCCUCAGGGUGGCGGUUUGCUCCCGCUUCACGGAGUCGGAAGACAUGGAGUUUGCCUGGCGAACCAUCGAGCGCACCACUUCAGUGAUGCUAGCAGAGGAACAGCGUGCCGAGUAAGAAGAGGUCAUCGAGUACGAGUCUCUGACAACACAGUCCCUCAACACAGUCCCUCAACACAGUCCCUCAACACA